AUGUCUAUAUUUCUCUUAUUAAUGCUUCACCUACUCUUCUCUUCUGCUCACAGUGUUACUUGGAUCAAGCACUCUGGUAGAUUUUUACGCGACUACAGCGCAGGAACGGCCAAGUACGACACUCUUCUGAAAGCUCAGAGCGAAUGUCUCAAACGAUAUGACUGUGGAGGUAUCACAUACGAACCUGAUAACAACAAGUUCACACUGCGAAGAGGAAUCAUCCUCGAACGCAGUGGCAGUGAAAUCUCCUGGAUACCUAUCUUAUACACAGUUACUUAUUGGAUCAAGGACUCUGCUACAUUUCUACGCGACUACAGUGCAGGAACGGCCAAGUACGAUAGUCUUCUGGAAGCUCAGAGCGAAUGUCUCAAACGAUCUGACUGUGGAGGUAUCACAUACGAACCCCAGCCCAACAACAAGUUCUCACUGCGAAGAGCAAUCAUCCUCGAACGCAGUGGCGAUAAAAUGUCCGUGUCCUGGAUACCUAUCUUAUACACAGUGAACGGAGGUUGGAAUUCAUACGGCUCAUGGUCUACCUGUUCAAAGAGUUGCGGAUAUGGAACACAAACAAGAUACAGAUCUUGUAACAAUCCUUAUCCUGCACACGGAGGUGCUUAUUGUUCAGGAUCAUCUUCAUAUAGUCAGAAUUGCAACACCCAUAGCUGUCCAGUGAACGGAGGUUGGACUUCAUACGGCUCAUGGUCUACCUGUUCAAAGAGUUGCGAAUCGGGAACACAAACAAGAAGGAGAACUUGUACAAAUCCUUCUCCUGCACACGGAGGUGCAAGUUGUUCGGGAACAGUUUCAGAGUCUCAGAGUUGCAACACUCGAAGCUGUCCAGCCGUCGGUCCAGUUACUCCUAAAAAAGCCACCACCGCUGUGGCUCAGACAUUGACUUGUGAUAUCGGAGAUGUGGUUACAGAUGUCAUUGUGUCGUGGAAGGAUAAUGCUGGGGCUGAAAUAACAAGUGGUAGUGGAGGGUAUACCAUCGCACAGGGAUCAGCUGACUCUGGUACCAAAAUUCAAACAUCAACUCUGACCAUUGAUGUUGCCACUCUUACAAGUGUAGCUGCAGCUGCGGGUGAAUCGCCCGUGACAUACAAAUGUGCUGCGGAAUAUGUAGAAUAUUCGAAUUCAGCAACAUCUACUUUCAAAGACAUUGUUGUCAACUUCCUUACUUUCGAUGUAAAAGCUAAGGGUAGCGAAGUGCUGACAAACACAGAAGCUACAAUAUCUUGUGUAGUAAGUGGUUUGAGUCAGCAGCUGGAGGCGGUAACAUGGAAGAAACCUUCGGGUGAUGCUAUAACUGACGGUGGUGCUGGCGGUGGUGCUGACGGUGGUGCUGACGGUGGUGCUGACGGUGGUGCUGACGGUGGUGCUGACGGUGGUGAUGACGGUGGUGCUGACGGUGGUGCUGACGGUGGUGCUGACGGUGGUGCUGACGGUGGUGCUGACGGUGGUGCUGACGGUGGUGCUGACGGUGGUGCUGACGGUGGUGCUGACGGUAGUGCUGACGGUGGUGCUGACGGUGGUGCUGACGGUGGUGCUGAUGGUGGUGCUGAUGGUGGUGCUGACGGUGGUGAUGACGGUGGUGCUGACGGCUAUGCUAUUGAGCUUGGAACUUACGAUCCUACCACCAACAUUCAAACUACAAUUCUGACCGUACCUGCUGGUGAAAACACGGUUGAUGCUGUUUUCACCUGUGUCAUUACAUCUGACGAGCAUGCAACAACAUCAGAAAAGACUGAUGUCAACUCGAACGUUUUCACUGUAGCGUCAGUGACUAAGUCAGUCAUUACUAGUAAGGAUCAGACAUUGACCUGUACAGUAGGAGAACUAGACGUAGGUGGAACCCCUGUUAAUGUAGUCUGGAAGGCUCCUGAUGGUACGGCUGUAUCUGUCUCGGAUAUUACGAACUACUAUGUCAGCAACGGUACAGUCGAUGGAACCGGCAUACAGGUGGCAGAACUCACCAUCAAGGCUACCAAGCUUGCUGAUUUUGCUAACCAGUCAACAUUCACAUACAAGUGCUCGGUAACAUCAACACAGUACCCAAACUCACCUGUAUCUACCCAUGGAGUUGUGGUCAACGUUCUAGCACCUUGUAGCAUACCCGUUAUCGAACAAGGCAUCAUAUCUCCAUAUUCGACGAUUGAUUCAGGCUCAACAUACGAAAUAAGGUGCGACAGCGGGUUUGUCAUAAUUGGACCGUCCUCGAUGGUGUGCACUAACGGUACCCUAUCUGAAUCCCCAUCUUGUCCACCAGUGGCUACCGUCACUUGUGAUGAAUACGGAAUAAAGUUGUUCGUUACCGAGAAAAUCAGUUUUGAUACAAUAUUGCUCAACGACAAAGAUUGUGAGUUUAAGGGAGACUCUCAAGAAAUCAGAACAGAUUUAGAAAAAUGCGGUACGACGGUAUCUUAUAAUAACAGUCAUGUCAUUUACAAAAACCAAAUGACAGGAAUUUCCAGCAAAAUUGAUUACAGUAACGGUAUAACCAGAGGAGGAGAACUUAAGAUAGCAUUUGAGUGCUCAUUCAAUAGAACAGGUGCUACCGAGUAUGCAUCUUGGGAGGUAAAGGGUGCAGCCAUUGUGGAAAGAGUGACGGGUGAAGGUUCGCUACGUUUCCUUCUAGAUAUCUACGAGGACGCAACAUAUGCCAACAAAGUGGUCAACUUUCCAUUUCAGUUAACCCUUAACGCUAACAUCAACAUGCAGGUCACGCUGGAUUCAUUAGAUCCAGACCAGUCUCUGGGUGUGGUCCGAAUACAGGCAAAGGACAGUGAAACCGAGGAGGAUGGAAACUUGUCCUACGACUUGGUGAAGGAAGGGUGCAUCGUGGACUCCACCUUCAAUUUUAUUGAAACAGACUCGAAUUUGCAGCCUCUUUCCGACCCCAAAUCUAAACGAUUUAUUUUUAAAGCUUUUAGCUUUUUGGACAGCCAGACUCCAAUUUACAUUCACGCUGUUAUAAAAGUCUGUAGUCUUUCGGAUAACAGUUUUGGCUGUACAGACUUGUGCACAAAAAGCAGACGGAAGAGAUUCGUUGAAGUAUCAAGUGAUCUGAAAGGUGAACAGUUCCAUAUUUUCCAAGGACCGAUAAUGCCUAGUCACCCCGUUGAAAUCAGAGUUCCGAUGACAUUUACCGAAACCUUUGUUGAAGAUCAGAAGUUAAACAAGGGUGAGGAACUGAAUUUAGAUGUACAUGUGAUUGCUAAGCCGGUUCCAGAGAGAGUAACUUGGAAGCUUGAUGACACUGACCUUGUGGAUAAUAAGGCCACUAUAUUCAUUGAGGAAUCUUUUGACCCAGCAACCUACAUCACAACGUACACACUGAAACUUGUAGACCUGAAAGUGGAACAAUCAGGAGUGAUAACCGUAGAGCUGUCUCGUGAACUGAACGAAACUUUAUCUCAUUCUAUGACUCUCACUGUACUGGAUGAGCCGGUUUUGGGAUUUGGUGUAAAAUUAGGACCUGGAAUUUUGACCUUCCUCCUCCUGCUGCAGGUUCUUCUGUAGGUUUGUCAAGAUGACUAUAUCGUGAACUAAGCUAACGUUAGCUAUCGUAAAUAGACUAAUGGUUAUGAACUAAAAGUAAAGAGAGUUGUUUAUUGGGAAAUAUUUAGAUAAUAUUUAAAUAAUCGCAGAAAGUCAGGUGAUUUUCUUUAGGUUAACAACAAUUUUUAUUUAUAAUUAUAUCAAAAUUUAAACAUUAUAUAAUGUGAUAUAAUUUUUAACAGAUAUAAGUAGAGUUAAACUUAAACGAGGUUUUAUAGAUUUUUUGAUGUGGUGUAUGGUAUGUUAUAAAUAAUUUGUUUUUCUAUUUCAAACGCGCUACAUUGAUUAAAUAAUACAACAGUGUAAACUAUUAUGAUAUAUAAUUGUGUUACAAAUUUGUACUAUACAAAGUAACUUUAUAGAGAUAUUACGUUUUACAGAA